UUUUGUUGUCACUUGCAAAUAUUUCUCGAAUUGUGGAGCCAUGAUCCCUGUGUGUGCUUUGUAGAAAAAUAACUUUGAAAAUUGUCGUUUUUUGCAGUGGAAAUAGACCCAAGUCAAGUCUUCCUUUGUGAACAUCAUCAGCUUCUUCUUCUUCUUCUUCUUGUCCUUUUUUUUUUUUUGGGAUAAAACAAAGCAAAAUGAAAAGACAGUAGUUUGAGAGUCAAUUACAGAGGCUCUAGGGAAGCUAGCUAGUCCCUCUACAAUCAUCAUUAACAAAAGAUCCUAUCUGGGGAGGGCAAGAAUUUAUAAGUGAAAACAUAUAGACAAAAUAUUUCCAACCAUCUUUGCAAGCUCCUCCGCACAUCGGUUCGAUCAGCAUCCUGCGGUCAAAGAUGAGAGGUUCAAGAAAGUGAGGAUCAAGAGAGCAGUUGUCUUUGUCUAACAAAGCAAUGGCAGCAAGUGAAUCAGGUUCCCCAUGGAGAUGAUCAAGUGCAAGCUGGAGUCCAUUACAUCACGAAUGCUGCUCCACAAUUCAGCCACCAUAUUUAGCUGAGAUGCCCAGGUCUCUCACUGGAACAUCAUCAGCUUGUUUUGUUUUCACUGGAACAGAACAAUGUAUUAUUGAUGUAAUGUACUGAGCAACCCAUUUGUCCUAGGUGAAGGCGGCGUGACAUCGCUCUUGACUCUUCGAAAAGGAUUUUGUUUCCAUUUGGUACUAUUCGAUGAAUCAUCGACAAGAACAUCCAUCGUCCCCGAAAGGGAUGUCCCAUUUGGCCCACUACCUCAUUAUCGGGAUCGAAGGCCGACAAAGUUUGCCUGUUUUUAGAUCCGGACUCAAUCGAUUUGCCAAUCACCACAACGCAGUUAUUUAGCAAGACCUUAACCACCGCGGAAAAAAAAAACAGAGAUAAAUGAAUCAAGAAAACAACUUGUAUAAUUCAACGGACCAAAAAAAAAAACUAUUCAUAGGAGUUUGGCUUCAUGAAAGUGAAGUAUGAUUGUGUGUGUGAGGAAGCCACUGUAGUUUUCUUUGGAUCAGGAACUAGUCAAGUCAAAGAGCCCUAACAUUUCGUUAUUGGAAAACACAUACCAUCAUGGAUUACUAAAAAAAACUAGUAUUUCACUUGAUUGAAAAUCUGAUAAUUCAUGAAAAAAAAAUUUGAAGCCAUAGUUCUCUGAUUACUGACAAGAAACUCUAACGCAAAAAUGGCUGAUGAAAAUGGGUUUCACAUUGCUAUGUUUCCAUGGUUUGCCACUGGACACAUGACUCCUUUCCUCCACCUCUCCAAUAAACUUGCUGAAAAGGGCCACAGAAUCUCAUUCUUGUUGCCAAACAAGGCUAAACAUCAACUUGAGCACUUCAAUCUUCAUCCUAGUCUCAUCACAUUCUAUACACUAACUGUUCCUCAUGUUGAAGGCCUUCCUCCUGGAACCGAGACAGCUUCUGAUGUUCCCAUUUUCCUCACAAGUCUACUGGCAACUGCCAUGGACAACAUGCGCGAUCGUGUCAAAGACUUGCUGCAAAAAUUGAAGCCCUCCAUCGUCUUCUAUGAUAUGGCACAUUGGAUACCUGAAUUGGCUUCAGAAAUUGGUUUCAAAACUGUGAAUUACAAUGUUGUAUCUGCUGCAUCAAUUGCCAUUGCGUUAGUUCCGUCGCGUAAACCUGUUGAAGACAGGACAAUUACAGGAGCUGAGCUGAUGGAACCGCCACAAGGUUACCCUUCAUCUACAGUUUUAUUGCGCAGGCACGAAGCUCAGGGAUUGUCAUUUAUAUUUCUUGAAUUUGGAAAGGACAUAACUUUCUAUGACAGGAUCACAAUUGCCAUGAAACGAAGCCAUGCGAUCUCUAUCAGAACUUGUAGAGAAUUGGAAGGAUCUUUGUGCGAUUAUAUAGCAAGAGAGUAUCACAAGCCAGUAUUUCUAACAGGGCCUGUUUUGCCCGAGUCUGAGAAGGAAGAUUUACAAGAAAAAUGGGCUAAUUGGCUGAAGGGAUUUGAGCCAGGCACGGUUGUGUUCUGUGCAUUUGGAAGCCAAGUGGUCUUGGAAAAGCAGCAAUUUCAAGAACUUGUUCUGGGAUUUGAGUUAACUGGUUUGCCAUUCUUGAUAGCUUUAAAACCACCAUUUGGGACCACAUCUGUCGAAGAGGCUCUUCCUGAAGGAUUUGAAGAGAGGAUAAGAGGCAGGGGCAUUGUUUAUGGAGGUUGGGUGCAACAGCCGGCUAUCUUGAGCCAUCCAUCAGUGGGAUGCUUUGUGAAUCAUUGUGGGUUUGGAUCAAUGUGGGAGUCUUUGAUGAGCGAUUGCCAGAUUGUGCUUGUACCACACCUGGCUGACCAAAUCUUGAACACUAGGUUGUUAGCUGAAGAGUUGAAGGUUGCAGUUGAGGUAGAGAGGGAUAACAAAAGCACAUGGUUUUCUAGGGAGAGUCUGUGCAGGGCAAUCAAGUCUGCUAUGGAUAGAGACAGUGAAGUUGGUGGCCUAAUUAGGGAGAAUCAUGCAAAGUGGAAGGAAGUCCUUGCAAGUCCAAGCUUUAUGGGAGAUUAUAUUGAAAAGUUCAUACAAGAUUUACAAGACCUAUGAUUAAUGAUGGAAAACAAUUGUGCCCUCUACCAAGUAAUUAAAGCGGAAGAAACACAGAGAGGGUAGUUGAAAUGGUACUAUCCUGGAAGUAUCCUCUCUUUAAAGCUGAUUGUUCUUUAUUCUCUUACAAAUUAGACAUCGUAAAUUCAAAGCAUGUUAGCAGGGUUUCUCGAAUCGAAACCAACUGCUAUUUGGUUGUGCUGUAUUGACAGUAA